GAAGAAGAAGUAGAAGGAAACAUCCACAGACCAACCAAGCCGUUGCUAGCUGGCUAGCUAGCUAGCAGACAACAUAAACACUGGCGCAUCUUUGCGGAGAGAUUGUUUAGCUUUUUGUUUUCGUCUGCCGCAGUUUAUUGCAAAUCAAGUAGAACUGGACGCGUUGCGCUCCGCCAUGUUUGUUUGGAUCUGGGAUUUACCAAGGCCGUGAAGUUUGUCCCUGCUAACAGAUGCCCAUGAUUCAGCUGGAGAAACCGGUGCUGACUGGCACCAUGCCAGUGGUGUGGCCCACCAUCCUCGACCUGGGGAGGGACGAGUGCAAAAGAAUCCUCCGUAAACUGGAGCUGGAGGCGUACGCCGGGGUCAUCAGCGCCCUGCGAGCACAGGGAGACCUGACGAAGGACAAGAAGGACCUCCUGGGAGAACUCACCAAAAUCCUCGGCAUCUCGACGGAGCGGCACCGUGCAGAAGUUCGCAGGGCCGUGAAUGACGAGCGCCUCGCAACCAUCGCCUAUCACAUGUCCGGUCCCAACAGCUCGUCCGAAUGGUCCAUCGAGGGACGCCGGCUCGUCCCCCUGCUGCCGAGGCUUGUCCCUCAGACGGCGUUCACCGUCACUGCUAACGCCGUGGCGGGCGCCACGGCUAAUCAGAACGCCUCCCUCCUGUUGCCGGCUGAAACGGGAAACAAAGAAGUGGUCGUAUGUUACUCCUACACGAGCACCACCUGCACCUCCACCAGCGCCACAUCGACCAGCGGCGCCAUUGGAGCGACGGUGAAAUCCCCGCGGCCGCCCAGCCCCUCGUCCAACGUGGUGGUGCUGCCGAGUGGGAGCACCGUCUACGUAAAGAGUGUAAGUUGCUCCGAUGAAGACGAGAAGCCGCGCAAGCGGAGGCGGACCAACUCGUCCAGCUCGUCGCCGGUGAUGCUGAAGGAGGUUUCCAAAGCGCCGCCGCCACCGCCGAUGUCCAAGAGCAUCACGGUGCCGGUGAGCGGCAGCCCCAAGAUGAGCAACAUCAUGCAGAGCAUCGCGAACUCGCUGCCGCCUCACUUGUCGCCCGUCAAGAUCACCUUCACCAAGCCGACCAUCCAGACCACCAAUACCACCACGCAGAAGGUGAUCAUCGUGACGACUUCCCCGAGCUCCAACUUCGUGCCGAACAUCCUGUCCAAGUCUCACGCGCACAACCACGCCGCCCUCUCCAAGCUGGCCUCCACCUCCAUGCUGACCGCGGCCACCCAGAAGCAGACGGUGGUGUUCCCCGCCAGCUCCGGCCCGUCCACCGUCCCCAACACGGUCGCCGUGACCAGCGUGGUCUCGUGUUCUCCCUCGGUCGUCAUGUCGACCGUCGCACCGUCCGCUUCCUCGGCUGCGGUGAAGGUCGCCUCGGCCCGACUCCCUUCGCCCAAGACCCUGAUGGGCUCGCCAACUCAGAUCCUGGCCCAGUUCCCCAAGCAGCAGUCGCCCAAGCAGAUGCAGCACGGCUCGGCUCUAGGAGCCGCCGGCGUCGUCCCAGCCCAGAGCGGCACCGCUUCGCCCGGCACCAAGCCCACCAUCCAGAUCAAACAGGAGUCCGGAGUGAAGAUCAUCACUCAGCAGGUUCAGCCCAGCAAGAUCCUGCCCAAGCCGUCGUCGGUGGGUCUGUCCAGCAGCAGCUCCUCCCCCAUCAUGGUCGUCAGCAGCAACGGCGCCAUCAUGACCACCAAACUGGUCACGCAGCCCACAUCCGCUCAGACCACCUACACGAGACCGACCGUUGGCCCCAACAUCGGUGCGCGGAUAUCGGCCUCCAGUGGCGGCACCACCUACGUGAAGACGACCAGCGGCAGCAUCAUCACCGUCGUGCCCAAGUCGCUGGCCACGCUGGGCGGGAAAAUCAUCAGCAGCAACAUCGUGUCCGGCACGACGACGAAGAUCACGACCAUCCCCAUGACGUCUAAGCCAAAUGUCAUCGUGGUUCAGAAGACGACGGGGAAAGGAGCGACCAUCCAGGGGCUGCCGGGCAAGAAUGUGGUCACCACACUCCUAAAUGCCGGGGGUGAGAAGAGCUUACAGGCCGUUCAGGGGAGCAAACCCGCCAUCAUCACCUCCUCCAGGCCCAUCACCAAGAUGAUCGUCACCCAGCCCAAAGGCCUGAGCGCUGGGUCCACCGCCACCAAGAUCAUCCCCACCAAGAUCGUCUACGGCCAGCAGGGCAAGACGCAGGUUCUCAUCAAGCCCAAGCCGGUCUUCCAGACGGCGGUGCUGAGCGAACACACGCGGCAGCUGGUCACCGAGACGCUGCAGCAGGUGACCCGCGCCGCAGAGGCGGGUCAGGCUCACGCCUCCGGCUCGGACGGGUCGGCAAAGGACGAGGUUCACGCCGGCUUCACUGAGACCAGCGGCUUCGCCGAGCCGCAGCCUGUAGUGCACCUGGUGUCCUCCAGGGAGCAGGAUUGGACCGAGCAGGAAGUGGCCGUGGAGUCCAGCCCCACCAUCAUCUAUCAGGAGGUGUCAGGUGGGGAAGCCCAGUCGGCGACGUCCACGAUCAAAGCUCUGCUGGAGCUGCAGCAGACGACCGCAGUGAGGGAGAAGGGCGAGUCCAGGCCGCGGCAGCACACCAUCGACCUGAGCCAGCUGGCCGUGCCCAUCCAGCUGGCCCCGGACAAGAAGCCCGGCCCCGAGUCCCCGAGGCCCUCCGCCACCGAGGCCGAGCCCAGCAGCAGCGAGUACAUCGCCACAGGUAAAGGCGGCAGAGUGGGCGUGUCCCCGGAGGACGCCGCCGCCACCUACAAACCAGCAGCCGCCGUCUCCUCGGCAGCCGCAGCUUCACACGUCGGCCACACGCCGCCCGAGAGUAAAACCGUGUUGGAGGUUGGCGAGCUGGAAGGCGACACCUUGGACCCGCAGACCGGUUUGUUCUACCGCUCCACCCAACUAGCUGUCGACCCCGUGAAGCAAACCACCCACUCCGCUGUCGCUCAGCCGCCGCCGCCGCCGCCUUCGAGCCAGGCGGAGGCCGAGCCGAGGCGGCACAGUUUCCCCUCCACGCAGGCGGCCCCACCGCCUGUGCCGCAGUCUCAGUCGCUGCCACCACCGCCGCCGCAACUCCAGAGCAAACCUCAGCUGAGCCAACCCUCCUCCUCUUCCUCCUCCGCCGCCGCCUUACCCUCCACUCCUCCCCUGACCAAGAAACUACCUAAACUACGGGAGCAGAUUCAGCCCAAACCACAGACGUUAACCCAGAGCCCCAAAGACAGACCGCCGCCCGCGCCGGCCACACAGGCCGUGGCGAAGCUCGCCGCUCCGACCGCACCCGUCAAGCACCCGGUGACGCCGCAGCUCCCGAAGCUCCAGCAAGCGCCCACGUCCCACCACAGGCCCCUGCACACGCCCAUGUCCCACCCUCCGCCGCUGCAGGCGCACCACCCGGUCGGCACGGAGAAGACGGCGUCCAGCCAGCAGCCGAUCAUCACGCAGAGCGCCACCGUCACCAAGAUCACCUUCGGCGGCUCCCACCACCCGUCGCCGGUCUUCAGCAGCAGCGGCGAGGCGGCGGCCAAGCUGGUCCCCGAGUCGAGCUCGGGGCCGCCGUCAGGGGACAAGCCCUCGGUGUCGGACAUCCUGAAGAUCUCCAUGAUGGAGGCGGAGAUCGACCCGAGCACGGAGCCCAUGGUGGUGGACUCCUCCAGCGACUGCGGCCCCCUGGGCAAAGCCCUGGAGGUGCGGGCCGUGUCCGGCACGCUGGACUCAGGCCAGUUCAUCAGCAGCUCCGGCGGCGGCGCCACGCAUCGCUCCCACGCGAAGCCGCCGCAGUUCGGCUGCAUGCCGGGCCUCGCGGCGCAGAGGAGCAAAGAAGACCUGGAGGUUAUCGAGGUGAUUCCCCAGUACUCCAUCCUGCCGGACUCCAGCCAGUCCAACGUGGUGGUGGAGCCCAGCGGCUUCCUGGAGAUCACCAACUACACCAGCCAGCAGCUGGAGGAGGACAGCCCCAUGGAGCAGGAGGUGGACAGCAGCAACGACGAGGCCUCGGCGGCGGCCAGCCCGCCCGACCGGCCGUAGUCCACGGGGGUUCGAACGGAGAAGACGCAAAAAAGGAUUUGUCAGAUGAAACUGGCCUGAACACUUUCAGUCGUGUAAAAUAUUAGUUUGUUCAUAAUAAACCUAGUUUUGUUUUUCUUCCCCACAACUAAUGGCACAUGUGGGUUUAAUUGCCAGCGAGACGCGCUGGUCGUAAAACGUGGGAGUGAGUGAAAGGUUUUUACUUUGGGUUUAGUCCCAGACAGUUGGACGACAGCUCGAUUGUUUCCGGUUGACGUUGUUACUUACAGGAACGUAGCGAGACAUUUACACAUUUAUAAACACAUUACUUGGAAUUUCAAAAAAAGGUUUCUACCGGACCCGAGGUCGUCCAGUGUUUCAAAACAUGUUUCCCAAUAACAUAUUUUUCCAGAAAGUGACUUUCUAUCAUCAGAUGAACCUUGUGGUUGUGAAAUCUCCCCAAACGCUUAUGGGAUUCACCUUUUUUCGGGAAGAGAAGAACAAAGCUGGAGCGGAUUGAACCGGAGAGAAAGAGUCCUGGAGGACGGAUCGAGUCCAACGUGUGUGUUACUGCUCCUUUUUAAGUGUAAUGUAAAAAAAACCACAAAAAAACGUGGAAUUAAAGCUACGUACCUUUUUGUUUUUUUGGAAGAUAUAUUCAAGAGUUCAAAGAGUUGCCGUGGAAAUGAUGUACGAAUCUGCGUAGUGUGUUUUAAGCUAUGCAUUUGUUUUAUACCUUUUCAAACUAGACAACUUGUUGAGAGAAAUCAUGUAAUAAUCUGCACAAUAAACCGGCUGAGUAGAA